AUGUCCGCUGACUGGAGCUAUUUCUGGGGUACUUCAGGUAACCGUUCAUCGCUCGAUGAACCCAAGUCUGAUACCGUUAGCGGUGACGACGAGGUCGUCGAACCCGAUCAAGGCAAUGUCCUCAGCCACAUCAUUUCGCAGCUCCGGCCAGGAGCGGACCUGAGUCGAGUUGUAUUACCUACCUUUAUCCUUGAGCCCAGGUCCAUGCUGGAGCGGAUUACAAAUUUCAUGGCGCACCCCGAAACCCUACUUCCCAUGCCGACGCACGAUGACCCUCUCGAGCGCUUUGUAUCCGUUGUCAAGUUUUAUCUGAGUGGGUGGCACAUCAAGCCUCCAGGGGUUAAAAAGCCGUUGAACCCUGUCCUCGGUGAAACGUACACUUGCUCCUGGGAAUACCCUGACGGCACCCACGGUUACUAUAUCUCCGAGCAGACCUCGCAUCAUCCGCCCAAAUCAAGCUAUUUCUUUAUGGCGCCGGAACACCAUAUCCGUAUCGACGGCACGCUCAAACCGCGGAGCAAGUUUCUCGGUAACUCCGCCGCAAGUAUGAUGGAGGGAACCGCCAUUCUACGGUUCUUAAACCGUGGCGAAGACAAGCAACGAGGCGAACGAUACAUCCUGACGCAACCGAACAUGUAUGCCCGAGGUAUCCUAUUCGGCAAAAUGAAGUACGAACUUGGAGAUCACAGCUUCGUGAGGUGUCCUGAGAAUAAUCUAGUUGCCGAUAUUGAAUUCAAAACCAAGGGUUACUUCUCUGGUACCUACAACGCCAUUGGAGGAACAAUUAAGAACGAAAAGACCGGAGAAGUAUUAUAUGAAAUCUCUGGUUUCUGGAAUGGCGAGAUGCAUAUUAAGAGUGUUCACUCGCAUGAUAAGGAAGUCCUUUUCAACGCUAAAAAGUCCAAGCCGACAUUCCCCACGACCCGCCCCAUCGAACAGCAAGGCGAGCGCGAGUCCCAACGAUUAUGGCAGAGUACCGUGAAGGCCAUCAUUUCUUCAAACCAUGAGGCAGCCACGGACGAAAAGACACGGAUAGAAGACCGUCAAAGAGAGGAGGCGGCGAAGCGAGCCGAACAGGGUGUCGAAUGGCACCCUCGACUGUUCCGGGCCAUCAAUAGCGGGCCAGGUGGCUCAGAAGAGGGCGAGGAGGGUCUCGAUUGGAUUAUCAAUGCUCAUGUAGACCACCAGGACGUCGAAAAGGCAAAAACAGAAAUCCUAGCCAUUGCUCCGAUACUUGAUGGGCAAACGUGGGACGGUUUCGCGAUCCCAGAAUACAAAGCCGGUGCGCCGAACGGCGCUGGCAACUCGGAGAGCCAGUCAGAGAACACGAAACCAGAGGCCACGCCAGAAGCAAAUCCAAGUAAAACCACGGAGAGCAGGGACGAGGCCGUCGAAGGAAAGGAUUCAAAGACGUCAGAGGUCGACAAGUCCGUGGAUACUGGGGAAAGCUCAAAGCCUUGA